AUGCCCAACAGGACAGACAAGGGCGCAGAGCGUGACACGGCCCUGGAUUUGUUCAACGACCCCAACGAGCUGUACGAGCCUGUCGAUCCGGCCGAGGCGCGACGGUUGCUGUGGAAAAUCGAUUUUAUGAUUCUGCCUUAUUUGGCUGUUUGCUAUGCUUUUUUUUAUAUUGAUAAGGUUGUUUGCUUGGAACUGACUGGUUAUUCUGCGCAGACUACGCUCAGCUACGCGGCCAUUUUUGGCAUCGUCGAGGACCUUGAUCUUCAUGGCACGCAGUAUAGUUGGCUAAGCUCGAUCUUCUAUUUCGGAUUCCUUGCUUGGGCGUUUCCUACCAAUUUUAUGCUGCAGCGGUUUCCGAUCGGCAAAUAUCUCGGUAUCAAUAUCUUUAUGUGGGGCGUUUUUCUCAUGAUCCAAGCCGCUUGCCAUAACUUCACUACCCUUGCAGUUCUCCGUGCACUGGGCGGCGCUGCCGAAGCGUGCGCCGAUCCGGCUUUUAUGCUCAUCACAAGCAUGUGGUAUACGCGGCGUGAGCAGCCUGUGCGGAUCGGUCUGUGGUAUACAGCCAACGGAUUGGGGAUCGCACUAGGUGGUCUGCUUGGGUACGGCAUUGGUAACAUCCGCGGUGCGCUUCCUUCGUGGAAGUACGAAUUCAUCAUCAUCGGUGCCCUUUGCUCUAUCUGGGGCAUUGUCAUGUUUAUCUUUCUCCCAGACUCGCCUGUCUCGGCGCCUGGCCUCUCCCAGAGACAGCGUCGGAUUGCCGUUGAAAGACUGAAGGAGAACCAAACCGGUGUGGAGAACAAGCACAUCAAGCCUCAUCAGAUCCUCGAAGCGUUUAUGGACUACAAGCUCUACUUUUUCUUUCUCCUAGGUGCCGUGUGCAAUAUCCCCAACGGCGGCAUCUCGAACUUCGGAACCAUUAUCAUCCAAGGGUUUGGGUUCUCCACCCUGGUCACAACACUGAUGCAGAUCCCCUACGGCGUCAUAAUCGCACUGUCCAUUCUCGCCUGCGUAUAUCUCAACGAUCGCUUCGAGAACCGCCGCUGUCUCUUCAUUCUGAUCUUCCUGCUUCCCAACAUUGCAGGCUCAUUCGGACUCCGCUUCGUGCCAGUCCAGCAGAGAGUUGGCCGCUUGAUUUGCUACUAUCUAACAGGGCCGUACAACGCGGCAUUUGUGCUUGUCCUCAGCAUGCAAGUCGCCAACACAGCCGGCCACACCAAAAAAGUCGUCACAAACGCAGUCCUCUUCCUAGGCUACUGCACCGGCAACAUCGCCGGUCCAUUCUUCUACAAAGAUGACCAAAAACCCCUCUACGAACUCGGCAUCUGGUCCAUGAUCGUCUCCCACCUGAUAGAAGCCGUCCUCAUCACCGUCCUCGGCUUUCUCCUCCGCUGGGAGAACAAGCGUCGAGACCGCAUCCAGUCCCAGAUGGAGGGCGGUCUCGAUGGCAGGGAUCUUGAUUCUACCGCGUUUUUGGAUUUGACUGAUAGGGAGAAUUUGAACUUUCGGUAUAUCUAUUGA